GAAACUCUCUUCCUCUGCUGUUCGAGGAGAGAAAUGUCCUUGUUUUGAUUACGACUAUUUUAUCCAGUUACUGCCAUCGCAGCUGUGUAUAUGCUCUAUUUCUUAGGUAUGUUUUCAUUUUCCUCACUGCAAAUUCCAUGUUUACAUCGGGCUGUGCUAAACCCACGCUGGCUGAUGAAGAACCGACUACCUGCUCCAAGUGCUGUAACAAGAAACUCACACUGUGUGGCAACUUGCUGCCACAGGAAGGACACUUGGAACAGUAAUGCCUUCUUCAGAAAAUUGGGAAAUGAACGAGGAGUGUUUUACUACAAUAACAAAAUCAUUUCACUGAGGAACUGCAGCACAAGUGAAGUUAAACUGAACUGCUGGAAAUGUAAACAACUUCUUGUCAAAUCGCCCACAUUCUUCUGCAGCUCAUGCCAAACUAUCCAACCUCCCCAGGAAAGGACGUCAUACUUCAAGAUCAUGGAUUGUGACGACACAUUCACUCUGGACACACAAAAGCUGCAGACAAGAUACUUGCAGCUUCAGCGGUCACUUCAUCCUGACAACUUCAGCCAGAAAUCAGUGAAAGAACUGGAGUAUUCAGAAAGCCAGUCUGCGCUCGUGAACAAAGCGUACCAAACUCUUCUCAAGCCUUUGAGUCGUGGUCUCUACAUGCUGGAGCUGAAGGGCUUGCAUCUGGAUGAGGGCACGGACUCUGAAGCGGAUCCAGACUUUCUGUUGGAGCUGAUGGAGAUCAAUGAAGCCGUCGCUGAAGCUCAGACUCCAGAAGAAGCCAGAAAGAUUGGCCAAGACACUAAAGGGAAACUUGCAGACUUGACAGUGCAGAUAGAUGCUGCCCUUCAUAAAGGAGAGCUCCAUGCUGCCAGAGCACUCCUUACCAAAAUGAAAUACUAUGCAAACAUUGAAGAAAAAGUGAAGGAAAAGCUUUCAGAGUUCAUGUAAUUUUUUCCACCACCCUUUCAAUAUUUAAUAUGCAAUACUCCUGGGAUUAUUUCAUUUUACUGUU